GAGAAAAGCAUCAGAUAUACUGUAAGUCCUACCAACUUUAUUUUAUUGACGUUUUUAGCACUGUUCAUACCCAUGUGUUUCAGAAAAUAUCAUAUGUUUUAUUGUACUGAAUCUUUUACUGACCCCUUUCUUAACAGGUUUUCUGUAGCCCCCACUUUCACCUCCCCCUGCAUCUUCACAUUCUUUUUUUCCCCGCUGUGCACCACUCACUAAAUUCUGUUUAAUGCUUUACGACUUUUCUCUGCUGCUCAUUCCUCUGCCUAAAAUACUACGUGUGCUGUCCCAGAGCCCUUCCCCUUAGUCUUCCGGGGAGGGACCAACUGUGCAAAAAGGAAGAGCGACUGUAGGGCGAGAGAUGAGUAUCUAAGCUGCUGCAGCAGGAGCUGGGGGAAGGGAGAGGAGAUAAUCGGGGGUUACUGUUAACAGUCUGCUGUAGGAAUUUGUGUUGGACUUUUCUUCCAUGAGACUUUGCAUAUGUGACAUGCUUUCUGUGGUAAUUUUUUGUGUUUUCAUUACUAAUGUUGCAAGAUGAUUUGGAUGAAGUAGCGCACACUUCCCAACUGAGAGUAUUGGUCCUUGAAAGAACUUGUUGUGGAUGAAGAAUUAAUUGAAAUCCCGUAUACUGGCACUGUAUCUCCGAGUCAUCUGAAAUCAACGACCCAUCACCAGCUUACCACCAUGAAUGCCUCAGCCAACAACACCCCACUCUGCUACUCCCUCAGGAGUCCUCCAUUCAAGUACCUCCCCAACAUUGCCUCGGCAUACUACUCAUCCAUCUUUGGCACUUUGGGUCUCAUCUCCAAUCUCAUCGCCUUCAUAGUUCUCCUCAAGUCCUUCCAGCGAACACAAAGCCGCUCACGCUCCUUUUUCCUGAUCUUCCUGGGUGGCCUGGUAGUCACUGACUUCAUGGGUCUUCUGGUCACUGGCUCCAUCGUGAUCUCCUUCCAUGUUACGCACUUUAAUUGGCGCAAGUUAGAUCCGAACUGCCACUUCUGCAACUUCAUGGGCAUGUCCAUGGUCUUCUAUGGACUGUGCCCACUGCUGCUUGGUGCUGCCAUGGCCGUGGAGCGAUUCAUUGGUAUCAACCGUCCAUUUGCACGCUCCACCAGCAUGCCCAAGAAAAGGACAGUCUCCAUGGUGCUGAUGGUGUGGCUGAUCGCCGGCUCCAUAUCAAUGCUGCCCAUAACAGGCAUUGGGAGCUACCACAUGCAGAUACCCGGCUCCUGGUGUUUUUUAAACAUCAGCUCUGAUGGAAAUGACAUGGCCUUCUCCUUGCUCUUCUCUCUGGUUGGGCUGAUAUGCAUUGCUGUGUCAUUUUUGCUGAACACAGUGAGCGUUGUGACCCUGAUCAAGGUGUGCUGUGGACAGAACAGGCACCAGCGCCGCAGAGAUCAUGAAGUGGAGAUGAUGGUUCAGCUCAUCCUCAUUAUGGUCAUUGCUUCUAUCUGCUGGUGCCCCCUCCUGGUCUUUAUUGCACAAACUGUGCUGUCCGGAAGUCACGUCCAGGUCAAAUACCUACUGCUAUGGAUACGCUUCGCCACCUGGAACCAGAUCCUGGAUCCGUGGGUAUACAUCCUGUUUCGCAGAUCAGUUCUUCAGAGAAUCUACCCCCGUCUCAACUGGUCUCGGGGCUCCAUCAUGACCUUGUAUCCAUCUUUCAGCGACACCGUCCGCAGGUUCACACGCUCUUCUCUUGGGAGCACCCUGGGCUCAGAUGAAACAGGAGAGACUGGGAAAUCUAAUGUACCAGCCAUAUCUACAUCAAACUCAGCACCUCCUUCUCCAUGAUUGGUUGGAUUUGAGUUGUUGUUGCAGUAGACAUCAUUGAGGUUACAGUAUGUGUUGAAUGUGUUUUCAAGCUCUUAUGAGUUUUUAGGGUAAGCAAGAUUGCACCAAUAAUUUGAAAAGAUUGAAUCUUGUUAUUUCAUUGUGUACCACUAAAAUAUUUAGCAGUAUUAAUAGCAAUGACACUUUAAUUUAGAACAAAGUAUAAAGAAAGAGCAGGGGCUGAUUGGAUACUUACAAAGUAUCAAACCUGUAACGACUAGAGCUCUGUUGUCUGCUAAAGCAGCAAUCGAAUGCACUGCUUUUUCUACACGUACUGCUCCAUGAUGCUUUUAUGAUUGGUGUUGCAUUGGAUAGAGGCACACUGGGGUGCUUUAGCAAUUGUUUUAAUGUAAUACUUCAUUCUGGCAGGACCCUUUGGUCAAAUGCUCUUGGUGUCACAUGAGACCCAGUACUGUUCAUGUAUUGUUCCCUUCCUAAAAGUAUUCACAUACCUUGAACUGUUGAUCACCAGCGCAUCUAACGCUGCAACCUGGCUGAUCCUAAUCUUGUAGAGGUGUGUAAAAGCAAAGACGCUUUGACUAAAAUUAAAUAUUGCUUCGACGCCAGAGGCAUCCUAUACACUUUCCAUUUUUAGAGUUUAUACAAUUACAUUAUGCAUGUAUUUUCGAUCUGUUAAAUGUUUUUAUAGUGCAUGUGCAUCAAUCCAAACUUUCCAGACCUUGACUUCAGAAUCCAUGAAUCAUCUGGUCCAGUCCACAUGCUUGGAAAGGAGGAUGUUGGAGGUUUCCAGAAGAAAACAUUUAAAAUAAAAAGAAAUAAUGUGAUUAUUGCAACAAAUUAAUUUGUGAAUGUGGACACGGACCCUGAAAAUAAGUCUGGCCUUCCAGCAAGUAGUGUUUUUCACUGUCAACUUCAGAAAUGUGAUGAAAAAUGUAACAAUAUUCCUUUCAGAUGUAUUUUGCUGCAUGAAAGGUCAUAGUAUUUAUAUAAAUAAUAAAUCAUACGUGACAUUAGCUAUUCAUUACUUGAGAAGGUGUAAUUGUUGUCAAAUGUUGUUGUCAGAUUUAAGUUGCCUAUCCUCGACAGUGUUAUAUAAUUCUAUCAUAUUUUUAUAGUUAUAUAUUACUUGAUAAGUAAUGUACCACUUUACUGAUUACUCACUGUGUCACUGGUGUGUUUUGCCUCUCUUGAUUUAAAACUCUAAAACUCUCCUGUCUUAAACAAAUCAAUUCAAAAAUAAAUAUUUUCUUAACUUCCA